AUGAACAGACACUUCUUGCUGCUCUUCUUCUUCUGCCUCAUUGUGGGAGCAACAUCACUGAAGUGUGUGACAUGCCACCUCCGCACACCAUCAGACCACUGCAGAAGAGGUUUUGGUAUUUGCCUUGCACAGAAGCAUGAGAAAUGCAUGAGCCUGAAGAUCUACUCCAAGGAUGUCCUCGAGAUAUCAUAUAUGGUAUGUCAGAAAUUCUGCAAGAAUUUGAAUUACGACUUCAACAAUCGACAUUAUAUUCAUAAAUGUUGCAACUCUGAUUAUUGUAACUUCCUUAUCUAA